GGCUACGGAGCAUCUUCACAUCAAUGCUUUCUCAUUAACAAGUGGCGCACAUACAUCUCUUUGGAAUUUUGAGUCUUCCAUAUUCACAUUUUGGAAGGAAAUGUAAAUUGGACAUAUUUUUCAAGUUACUCAAGAUUCCACCAUGACGCACACUCUGGAUCCCAUCAGCUCCAACAGCACAGAAGACUGGAACACCACUUUCUUCAACUCUUCCAGGGACCUCCAGCACCCCCCAUACCCAUAUUACCAACACAACAUCACCUACGUGGACCUCUACCUCCACAAGCCCUCGGUAGUGGUAGUCUUCAUUGUGUCUUACCUGCUCAUUUUCCUGGUGUGCAUGGUGGGGAAUGGUGUUGUGUGUUUCAUUGUGUUGCGGAGCAAGAACAUGAGGACGGUAACCAACCUCUUUAUACUCAACCUGGCCAUCAGUGACCUACUGGUGGGCAUCUUCUGCAUGCCAACUACCCUGGUGGACAACAUCAUAACAGGCUGGCCUUUUGGGAGGUUAGUGUGUAAACUGAGUGGGAUGGUUCAAGGCAUAUCAGUGUCAGCUUCAGUCUUUACUCUGGUGGCCAUAGCUGUGGAUAGGUUCCGCUGCAUCGUAUACCCCUUCAAGCAGAAGCUGACAAUCUCCACCUCCACACUGAUCAUCAUCAUCAUCUGGGUGCUGGCUAUCUCCAUAAUGUGUCCCUCAGGGGUCAUGCUCCAGGUGACCAAGGAGCAGCGUGUCCUUAUCCUACUGGGGGACGGCUACAACAGCACCCGCCCCUUCUACUGGUGCCGUGAGAACUGGCCCAAUCAAGAGAUGAGGAAGAUCUACACCACCGUCCUAUUCGCUAACAUCUAUCUAGCCCCAUUAUCACUCAUUGUCAUCAUGUACGCCCGCAUCGGAUUCACCCUCUUUAAGACAGCCAUACCCUCCUCCGGCGGGUGCAGUGGGAGUGGCAGCAGCGGUGGGACGAAACCCAGCCUGGACAACCACCGUCAGUCGAAGAAGAAGAAGAGGGUGAUCAAGAUGCUGUUGGUAGUGGCGCUUCUCUUCAUCCUGUCAUGGCUCCCGCUGUGGACGCUGAUGAUGCUAAGCGACUACGCCAGCCUGACGGCAAGCCAGCACCGCAUCAUCAACAUCUACGUGUACCCGCUGGCCCACUGGCUGGCCUUCUUCAACUCCUCCGUCAACCCCAUCAUCUACGGCUUCUUCAAUGAGAACUUCCGACGGGGGUUCCAGGCCGCAUUUAAAUUCCAGCUGUGCUCCGCAGUCAUGGAGCGCCAGAAGACCUACUCGCAUCGUAUCCAAGGCAACGCAGUGUUACCAGCGAACCUGCACCUGCCCACCGGGGCUGGCUCAGGGGGGUCGGAAUUGGCUUUGGUGAACAGGAAGGGGCUGGGUCGGGAGGAAGUUGUCGGGCGGACAUCCGGCGGGCGAUCGUCAGACAGCGACGUGAAGGAGCAGGAUCUGAUCAUGGAGGAUCUGGAGAAGGUUAUAUAUGACCUAUGAGACACACUUAAUGUCACAAAGAAAUUGUGCAGUCAACCUUCAUUCAGCCGAGCAGUAGCCAAUGGACAUCAAUUUCCUCAUGGCUCUUUAGGGUCAUGACUGACUGGUGACAUUUAAGGAUGACAUCUCACACCUAAGAGGGACAUCUUAUUGAAUGUCAUAUGAUAUGCAUGGAUUCAUCCUUACCAGUGGACAAUAGAGUACCUGCGCCUCUUUCUGGGCUACGCUCAGUCAAAGAGGGGAGUGAGAGGAUGGAUGCAGAGGGACACUUGUUGGGCUCCACACCUCUCAGUCAAAGGGAGGGGCACUUGUUGGGCUCCACACCUCUCAGUCAAAGGGAGGGACACUUGUUGGGCUCCACACCUCUCAGUCAAAGGGAGGGACACUUGUUGGGCUCCACACCUCUCAGUCAAAGGGAGGGACACUUGUUGGGCUCCACACCUCUCAGUCAAAGGGAGGGGCACUUGUUGGGCUCCACACCUCUCAGUCAAAGGGAGGGGCACUUGUUGGGCUCCACACCUCUCAGUCAAAGAGGGGAGUGAGAGGAUGGAUGCAGAGGGACACUUGUUGGGCUCCACACCUCUCAGUCAAAGGGAGGGGCACUUGUUGGGCUCCACACCUCUCAGUCAAAGGGAGGGACACUUGUUGGGCUCCACACCUCUCAGUCAAAGAGGGGAGUGAGAGGAUGGAUGCAGAGGGACACUUGUUGGGCUCCACACCUCUCAGUCAAAGGGAGGGGCACUCAGAGCCGAGGCGAACGCAGUGAUGUGCCUAUUCAGUUGCCUUGGGACUGAUUAGAACAUGACAAGAGACCAUGCAGGGAUGAGAGAUGCCUCCUGAUGCUGCACACUUUAGACAAGAGGACUGGGAAUAAAAGGGAAUAGAAUCCACCAACCACCAACAAUUAAAGCAGUGUACUUAUGAGAUACAGCGAAGGAUAUUAUUUUAUGUUGUUUUGUUUGUAUUUUAAUAGUGAUUGUGAAUAUUCAUUUUUUGCUGCUUUUCUGUGUGCCAAAAUAUUGUAAACUCUUCUGCUGAACAGGAAUAGUUGUUCUGACUAAGUUAUCCUUGUUAACAAAGAAAAUAUUACUUUAUGACUGACAGCCUACUUCAUUUGGAGGCUAAGGAAUCUAUAUGUCAUAUAAAUACAGUGGCGGUGGAAUUCUGUAGCUGUAUUCAUGCAUGUUUUACUCUUUUGGAAAACCUUUAUGAUGUUGGAAAACCUUUAUGAUGUUGGAAAACCUUUAUGAUGUUGGACAACCUUUAUGAUGUUGGACAACCUUUAUGAUGUUGGACAACCUUUAUGAUGUUGGACAACCUUUAUGAUGUUGGACAACCUUUAUGAUGUUGGACAACCUUUAUGAUGUUGGAAAACCUUUAUGAUGUUGGACAACCUUUAUGAUGUUGGACAACCUUUAUGAUGUGGAAAACCUUUAUGAUGUUGGAAAACCUUUAUGAUGUUGGACAACCUUUAUGAUGUGGAAAACCUUUAUGAUGUUGGAAAACCUUUAUGAUGUGGACAACCUUUAUGAUGUUGGACAACCUUUAUGAUGUGGAAAACCUUUAUGAUGUUGGAAAACCUUUAUGAUGUUGGACAACCUUUAUGAUGUGGAAAAUAACUGGUAGCCUAAUAUUUCACUUCCAUCAUGGUUUCUAGUUCCCACGCAACACUGUGUCUUAAAAUAGUAACAUAACAUCACAGUUAUGUCAGUCGACACAAUGACACUGUUUGGAAACAGGGAAUUAUGGAUCUAGACCAGGGCUCUCCAAACUUGUUCCUGGAGAGCUAUCCUCCUGUAGGUUCUCGUUCCAACCCCAGAAGUAUAGCCUGAUUCGGCUUAUCAACCAGCUAAUUAUCAGAUUAAGGUGUGCUAAAUUAGGGUUGGAGCAAAAACCUACAGGAACUGUCCCGUUCGUCAUAUGAAUCGGACCAAGGCGCAGCGUGGUAUGCGUACAUUCUUUAUAAGGAUGAACACAGAACAAACUAACCAAAAUAACAAAACGACAUGUGACGCUAUACAAAUGAGUGCUAACAGGAAACUACACAUAGACAAGAACCCACGAACACAAAAAAUAAAUAUGAUCCCCAAUCAGAGACAACGAUAAACAGCUGACUCUGAUUGGGAACAAUAUCAGGCCACCAUAGACAUACAAAUUACCUAGACCUACAAAACCCCUAGACAUACAAAAACCUAGACAAUACAAAAACUAGUAUACCCACCCUCAUCACCCCCUGACCUAACCAAAAUAUAAAGAAAACAGAGAUAUCUAAGGUCAGAGCGUGACAGGAACGGGGUUUGUUGUAUAAAAGGGUUUGUUGUUUGUUGAUGUACUGUAUCAUAUCUGUCAAAGUGAUCAAAUGUCAUCAAAUGUUAUGAUAGGUUGUCUGUUGUUGUCAUGAAACUGACAGGGCUGUGAUUUGUCAUGAAGUGUUGCCACAAUAGCGGUGUUGUGAUUGUCCGGUUCAAGAAAUAUGUAACAUAAAAAAUAUAAAAAAUACCUCCGCUUAUCAGUUGAAGAUGAGUCUACCCAGCCUCUGAGAUUGUACAAUCAUUUGAACUGUUUACAGCUGCUAAGUAAUCAUAAUAAAUCAGUUAAAAAUUAUUUAAUUUUGAAGAUGUCACAGGCGUGUGUUCCCACAUGAACAAACAGUUUCGUAUUCACUGUAGUGGUUUUGCGGACUGUACUGUAGUAUUCACUGUGGUGUUUUUGCAGACAUUACAGUAGUAUUUACAAUAGUGCUUUUGUUAUAUCAUUGACAUAGCAGUGUGGGCUUUGCCUUUGAGGAAACCUACUGGACAAAAUACUCAAAGAGCAGAUUUUCUAUAACACGUAGGUAGGAUUCAGAGCUUCUGCUCUUUGUUUAAUAAACUGUAGGGGACACAUUAUAUGGUCUAUACUUGGCAUGUAGGUUUCGUAUUGGUGGCACACAUUGGGAUAUGGGUUCAUGGGCAGUGUAUAUGCAAAUCAAAUACUUGAAUGUAUACUAUAGUAAUUACUGUAGUGUUUUUGCAGAUAUUACUGUACUAUUAAAGUGUUUUGCAGACUAGUGUUUUUGUGAACAUUACUAUAGUAUUUGCUGUGGUGUUUUUGUGGUCUGUAGUAUACUGUAGUAUUUACUCUAGAGUAUGCUACAACAUUCUAUAGUAAGUACUACACAUGCUCGAGGUAUACUACAGUGUGUAGUAUAGUAUU